AUGGACAGUUUAAGAAACGAUACUCCUUUGGGAUCCAAGAUUGAUGAUCGUUCAGGUGACAAUGAGGUGACAAAAAAUGUUUUUCAAAACAAUAAUUCAUUAAACAAUAGUAGACAAAAAGACGAAUCAACGGAAGAUAUUUCAUCAGUGAAAAGAGGACAGGCAGAAAGUGGCUACUACACAACAUCGUCGUACGCCGUUGAUGUUCACAGAAGUUCAACUCACUGGUGGAAAACAAAUGUAUCUGUGGAAAGUUCGAUGAACAACAAAAUGUUCAAAAUAAAUAACCUCUGUUUCAACAUCCCACAUUCCGUUGAUGAAUUUCCCUCGAAACACAGUUUUGCGCUGAAACGACCCUGGGAAGAUAACGAGGAACUCCCAUCAGCCGAUCCCAACACGCCGUUCAAAAAAUUCCGCACAGAAAUGAAUGGUGGGGAGGACUCAUCUUUGAGUUGGACACAACGAAUCAAUGCACAUGUGGAUAAUUCUAUUUUUCAGUUUCCACAACCCAGUACAAGAUUUGAAAUGAAUUGGGAUGAUGCAAUAUCUUUCAAUCCCAAAAUAACCAGCACUCCAGCAUUUAAACAACCACAGACUGACUCCAAUUUGUAUUCUAACAACAACGAUAGUUCACUUUCCAGUCCGCCAACGAUUCCAACAACAAAAAACACAUUCGGGACGGAGAUUGUGAGCAUCCUUGAAGAUUGGUAUGCGAGACACGUUGAUGACCCAUACAUUUUUGGGGAUGACCUCACAAAUUUGACGAACCAAUGUCAGUUGGAGGAGAAACAAGUAAGGAAGUGGCUGGCAAACAAGAGGUCCAGAUUCAAAAACACACUCAAAUACAAUGGAAAGAGACAUCCGCUUUGCAGAAACAACCAACAUUAA